UAAUGAGCAAUUCAUAAAUUAAAUGAUGCAUGAUGUUGCGUUGCAUUGGAAUUUUUUUUGAGUUAAAAAUUUGCGAAUAUCCUAACGAUGAGAUUACCAAUAAAUUGCAGAUAGGAUUGCCACUCGAAGAUCUUGAAUGUUAUCUAUUUAUCGAACGAUUAUGAAUGAUUUUCAGUUAUCUCGUGUCAACCGACCUCAAUUUACGAGUAGAAUAUAAUUUUAAUCGAUAAUUCUUGUCUAGCUAUAGCCAGAUAUUCGUCAGAUAUGGCACGAUAUUUAAUUGCUCCUCAUAAAAGCCAAAAAAAUAUUCAGCACGUGAGAAAAAGUAGAGGAAUUAUUAAUAAAAAUUAUCCAUCAAUAAUAAUUACUGCAAAUGCAAAUUGUCUUCAACUUUUGUGCAACUAAUAUUCCAUGUUCGGAAGCAGGGAUAUAUACCUAAUUAUAGCAUACUGUAAGUCAUAUCACGAGCGGCAUUCAUUGUUAUCUCGUAAUCGUAUCUGCAGACUUCUGGUAUGAGAACACAAGUGCAAAUAUACUGUAUAGCAUCUAAUUCAGACAAAAACUUUCAUUUAUACAUCUGUUUAAAUAUUUCUAUUCGGAGAAUGUAUCUGCUCAAGCUUAUCUCGCUGGAGAUUACGUUUAUCAUUACAAACCUUAGUCUUGGCUUGAAAAAAAAGAAAAAAAAAAAAAAAAAACACGUGGUACAGACGAUACAAUAUGAAUACCCGUGAGUCACAAGCCGCCAUGCAGUUAUACGAGUGCGUAUAAUUGAAAUGGAAUGACAAUAAUUUGUUUAAUUUUCGAUACAUUAAGAAAAGUAAGUCGCUAUAUGGAUUGCAAUUACGUUUCAUAUUUAUUGAUACGAAAAUCGGUAUAACAUUAUCGAAUUUGUAUGGUAGUCCGAAUUUUUAAUUGUAGAAGUCGAACGGAAGGAGAAAGGCAAAAGAAAAUAACGUAAAAAAAUUAGAAUACCAAAAUCCGUUGCGAUUUUGUAUUGAAAGGAAAUUUUUUUUGCGUGCAGUUUUUAGGAAGGGUCCUAAAACGACUACAGUGAUUCCGAGAAUCGGUAUGUUGGGCUACCCCUAAUGAGGGAAUGGCCUAUUAUAUUCCAUUGGCUGAAUUUAGGGUUUAAGUUUAGCCCCUCUCGUAUGGUCGACCAAUGACAAGACGCUGAGCAAACCCAGGUCUAAAACCACAUGCAUACCUGUUGAGUAUAAGGUACCCGAGGGCAAAGUUUUUCAGUUUUCGUGUCAACGGUUAAGCUGCGACCGCGUGUGGAAAAUAUAUCUUCGCACCGGGUCGAAGAUUUUUUACUAUUUUUCGAUGAUUGAAUUUUAAUUCGAAUUUUGUAGAAUCGUUUAUAUAUUUGAAAUGAUAUCAAGUCGAUUAGCUAUGUCUGAUGAACGUGAGUUUGAAGAUUUAUUUUAAUUUCCAAUCGAAGCCGAAUUGUUCCAAAUGUCAAAGGUACAUAUUCAUGCUAUCGUGUUUACCAACUUUCAUAUAGGAUUUCAUGUUUGGAAUCUGAUUGGGUUUGUUAAUGUCUUCGUUAUUCUAAAUAACUCUUAUUGGUAUGAAUAACAAUUUAAUAUUGUGAAAAGGUGCGAACAGCGAUUAUUUGUUAUCAGAGAUUACUAAUCAGUCGCCGAUAAAUUUAAUCAAAUUGCUUUAUGAUCAACAGUAAAGUAGAGACGUGGAAUUAAAGGUGAUUGACCCGAGCUAUUUUAAUUAUAAACGAUAAUUGUCAAUCAUCAGGAUAUCAUUGGAUCCUUUCUUAAAAUUUUUCGUAAUGACUUUUAAUUAGUCUCAUCAUCAGUCAUAUAAAGUAGUUAAAAAAAUGAAAUCAGAGAAAAAAUCGACGGAUCUAAACUGUCCUGGUAAUGAAAUCGUAAAGGAAGAACCAUGCAAGGACCCUUGUAAAAUGUCUGAUAAGGUAAUUGCAAGUGAUACCGAUGUAGCCGAAGGAGGGACGAAACCAUCUAAUAGAGAGUCUAAAACGGGUGCAUCAAACACGGAUGACCCAUCGCUAAAAUCCAACAUUGCUGGAGGUCAAGCAUUGAACCCGGUGAAAGUAGAAAACAGCUCAUCGUAUUCGACGUGUAAUUUAUCUGGUGAUUGUGGAGGCGCUUCAUUGUCUAAAUCAGAUUCUAACGCGCUUGGAAAAUGCGGUCGAAGUGGUUCGAGCAGUGGAGAUUCUCAAUACAUGCAACAACAAAGCCAGAUAUUUGUAUUUUCAACAAUGCUCGCGAAUAAGGGUGCCGAAGCUGUUUUAUUACGGCAGUUUCCAUCCAUCAUAGCAUACCACAGCGCGCAGCCGGGAACCAAGAAAUUUCUGGAGAAACAUCCAAAUAAAGGAAACAAACUCGGCCAAACUCCAACGGAGUGGUUGAAUAAUUUUACCGGUACUGCGGGGCAAAAAAGUCGGCAUCCGGCAUGCUCGAAUAAUUUCCCAGGGCAAACUCCGGAUUUGCCAGUGUUGGGUCCAGAUUCCCCUUCAUUUUGGAGCGAAACUUUCAACGUGCGAAGUACAAGUGGUGAAAAGUCCGUAGGUACUGCAGAAUCGUCGGUGGACGAUACCAUUAAUAAAGUAGUGAAUUCUCAGCCCAGUCCUCAUUCUCAAAUUGAAGACACCCCAGCCUGCGGCAACUCGAGCCCUGGUGGUAUGCAGCCUUCGUUACAGGGGGUAAAAGUUCCCGAUGAGAAUUUGACUCCUCAGCAACGUCAACACCGGGAAGAGCAGUUAGCUACGAUUCGAAAAAUGCAGCUGCUUUUAUUCUCCAAUCGAAAAGAGGACGCUGAAAGUUCUUUGAGUUCAACUCAACCUCAGCCGUUCAGACCAGAAGCUGGGAUUUCCGGACCAGAUAGCCCGCUGGAUAAUUUUUCUUCCGACGUUGAUUGGGACAAAUUACAAAGUCAGCUAUACGAGCCAAAAAAUAAGGUUGUAGCCGAUCAUUCUGGUGCAGUUCCGUCACCCGUUGCAGGAAAUGCAGCUGCAACAAGUUCAAAAGUUCAAGGUCCUCCACCUCCGUAUCAUCAAUCGACAAGACCAGCAAGCGUUCCCGCUGCUCUACAGAGUUCAAAUCCAUCCUCUCCCAACAAUCCAACUAGUACUUUGUCGCUUCCGUCUCUGCAGGCAAGUUCGGCGUUAAAUUCACCCGCGGGAACUGGUCAAAGAUCUGGAGCGGGGUACUUACCGGGAGGAAGUCCUAUGACACAGGACUCCCUGAGCUCUGGUAUCGGAACAAUUUCAGCUGAAAUUGAAAAUCAGUUGAAUCACAGCAAUCCAGGAACACCGGCUUCCCAUCCUCAUUUGGUCGGUUUCAGUCCGGGUGGAGGAACCACGUCGCAAAAAGAUUCCAUCGAUUUUCCAUCCAGUCAGUCACCAAGCGUGGACGAAAUAUUUUGUCAGACGUUGCAAUCCGUGAGUCAGGAACAGCGCGACCAAAUCGGAUCGGCGAUUGCCACUAAGGAGGCGAAUUUAAUGCCGGUACCCAGUCCUCAGCAAAUACAGUAUCUAAAUACUUUCGAGGGUCAGGAAUUAACGAUACAGAAACAGCCGAACACGAGUCUCAAGGAUAACAACUCUCCUUCCAAUGUCGUCACGACUUCGGCCAUCAGAAUAUUAUCCGAUCCCGGUAAUCAGUGCCAAACUGUCGCUGGAAGUAGCCCCUUGACGGAUAACACAACGGAUCGUGGUUUUAGUGGGCCUUUGCCCAGCCCACUGACCCCUCGAACUCCGACCAGCAAUACGCCACACACCCCAUUUGAUUCCUCUAAUUUAUCUGGUGGGAAACUAACCAGCGGCCAAAACAGUCCCGCAACAUCUUUCGGGCAGAAUAUAAACGAGACUAUCGGACGACCCAGGACACUGCCGGAAUCACCGAGAUCGAAGGACGUCUCACCGUCGUCUAAUGAAAAUCAACAGCGAAUGCAUCAUUCAAAUGAGACGAAAUUAUCCUUGCAACAAAAUACGCCGGAUUUCACUCGCGGUAGACCCCCGAUGAACGUCAGGGGGCAACCUGAUAACGUCCCUCUCAACCCAAACAACGUUAACAGUUGUCUAGCUGUUCAGGGAAGCAUAAACUCAAAUCACUUUGAUCCGAUAACUUCUCUAGCCCAGAUGAGCCAACAACUGGUCAAUAUUACGCCGAGUAACAACCUAGGAGAUGGCCCGAUAAUGCACGCUGGUAAUCCUGGGAUAACUCAAGGGAUGCACUCAAUGCAGGACAUCGGAGCUCCCCAUCCGGGUCACCCCGGUGGGAUGGGAGAGUACGGAGAUAUGAACAGAUUCGGUGGUUCAGGGCUUAACAACUGCCUACCACCGAGCAACUACAGUCUUGCUCCUCGAUCGGGAAAUUUAGGGAUUCCGAAUAGGGCCGCCUCACCAGGUCACGGACCGAUUCCAGGAUACGGAGGUAUGCAUCCCGGAGGCAUGUAUCAUGCGGAACCACGGGGACCACCGAGACCGAUGGAUCACAAUUCGAUGCGAGCGAACGUACAAGUGAAACCCGGUGCACCAAACACUAUUCAAUAUUUACCCGCGAAGCCGAAUCCCUGUCAAGGCGGUCCCAGAGCGCCACCAAGUCUUGAUUUUCUUCAGGGUUUUGCCAACCCCUCGAAUCAGCCUCCUGGACCAAAUCGUCCUGGCUUCCCGAAUAACGUAGCUGGCCCGCAUCCCGGGGGACCGAUGUAUACCAUGCAACAAGGAGUUUAUCCCGGUAUGCAGAACAGGCCCAUGCAAAGACCUGUGGGUGGUCUUCAAACGGGAAAUUAUCUACCGAUGCACAGACCGGCAAUGCAAGUUAAUAUGCAUCAGGGACCGAAUUCAAUGCGCAUGCAGCACAUGGUCGGCGGGGGAGUUUUCCCUGGCAAUCGUAUGCAAGGUUUGGACAAACCUUACGGAGGCGAUCUGAUACCCCAAUUAUCGAACCAGGGUAAUCCGAGAAUGCAGUAUAUGCCAGGGAAUCAAAUUCACGGGAAUCACAUGGCUAUCAGGUCAAGGGCACCUCCGGGUCAACCUAUGCAUCCCAACAUGGAGGGUGCCGGGAAUGGAUUCAAAAGUGGACCAUUCAUGGGAGGAGCUGGCCCGCCGACUUCGGAUCCUAAUUAUGCCCAGCAGUAUCACAACUUCCAACAACAAUUGUAUGCAACCGGUACCAGAGGAAGCGUACCUCAGCAUCCCAAUAAUCAUAUGAGUGCGAAUUCGCUCUCGUUUCUUCCAGAACGGUGAUGGUGACUAAUUCAGAACAGCAAUAGCGAUGGUAUUACGUAUGAAUUCAUAGGCUUUUUUUUUCUACGACGUGCACUUUGCGUAGCGAUCUUUUUUUUACUACUUGUGACUUGUAAAUAUACAUAUAUGUAUUACAAAGGACGUAAAUGAUGAAGGUUUUGACGACUGAAAAAACGAAUUGAGAACAAAAAAAAAAAAAAAGAAAUAAUGAUAAAAGGAUAAUUUUUAUUA